AUGGAAAAUAUGUCUUACACGUGCAAUGUAUGUGACAAGUCGUUCUCUGUAAGUGGCAAUUUGACAAGACAUGUACGCAUACACACUGGCGAAAAACCGUACACAUGCAAUGUAUGCGACAAGUCAUUCUCUCAAAGCAGCAAUUUGACGUUACAUCGACGCACACACACUGGCGAUAAACCGUACGCGUGCGAUGUAUGCGACAAGUCGUUCUCUGUAAGUAGCCAUUUGACAACACAUCGACGCACACACACUGGCGAAAAACCAUACGUGUGCGAUGUAUGCGACAAGUCAUUCUCUCAAAACAGCAAUUUGACGUUACAUCGACGCACACACACUGGCGAAAAACCAUAUGCGUGCGAUGUAUGCGACAAGUGGUUCUCAGAAAAUAACAGUUUGACCAAACAUCGACGCACACACACUGGCGAAAAACCAUACGCGUGCGAUGUAUGCGUCAAGUCGUUCUCUCAAAGCAGCAGUUUGACGUUACAUCGACGCACACACACUGGCGAAAAACUGUACGCGUGUGAUGUAUGCGACAAGUCGUUCAGCCAAAGUGGCCAUUUGACAGCACAUCGACGUAUACACACUGGCGAUAAACCGUACGCGUGCGAUGUAUGCGACAAGUCGUUCUCUGUAAGUGGCCAUUUGACAACACAUCGACGCACACACACUGGCGAAAAACCAUACGCGUGCGAUGUAUGCGACAAGUCGUUCUCUCAAAGCAGCAAUUUGACGUUACAUCGACGCACACACACUGAUACAAAGGCGGGCAAGUUAAUGAAAAUAAUUAAC